UUUAGGCCGCGUUACUCAAUGCUGGCGUUACACUUGGCUAGCGGUGGCUCUACAUGCUCAUCUCACUGAACACAAUUUAUCUCAACUAUCGUUCUUCGAGAAUCGUCAUUCAUAAGUUGCCUGGUCUUUUGUUGUAAUCAUCAUUUAAAUUAUGAAUCAAAAACAUUAUCUUGUCCCAUCAUUUCUGGCCUCAAAGGGAUUGGUUAAACUUCACAUCGACUCCUUCAAUCAUUUUAUUCAAACAGAAAUAAAAAAUAUUGUCCGAGCAAACAGUCGUGUCAGUGUUCCAGAAGCCAAUUGGUGGUUAGAGUAUAAUGACAUAUAUAUCAAACCUCCAACAGUAAAUGAUGGGGGGGUUGUCGCCAGCCGUGUGACUCCUCAUGACUGCAGACUCCGUGACCUGACAUAUGCUGGCGAAAUUCUUGUUGACGUUACGUUUGUUAGACAGAACGAAGUAGUAUCGAAAAAAGGUGUCCUUAUUGGUCGCAUGCCAAUCAUGCUAAAAAGUUCCAUAUGUGUACUAAAUGGUAAAAGUCCUUCAGAGCUAAUGCGACUUAAAGAAUGUCCAUUGGAUCCUGGCGGUUACUUCAUUAUUGGUGGUACUGAAAAAGUAGUACUCAUGCAGGAACAAACUUCUAAGAAUCGUCUGAUCAUUGAAGAAGAUAGUAAACGUGGAUUAGUGUGUUCUGUGACAUCGUCCUCUGCUCAAACAAAAUCGAAGACUAACAUCGUUACGAAAGAUGAUAAAUUUUACCUUUCUCAUAAUUCCUUCAUCGUGGAUGUCCCUAUCGCCAUAUUGUUUAAGGCAAUGAACAUUACUUCUGACCAGGAACUAUUGCAACUUAUUGGGACAGAAGAAUCUGUUUGGGCUAACUUUGUUCCUAGCCUUAAAUUAUGUUUGGAAUAUAAUAUCCAUACGUGCUUAGACGCUUGCAACUGGUUACAUUCACGUUUAAGACAACCUCGAUAUCGCACUGCUUUCGGAGCUGGUAGAACGCUACGAACUGCUGCUAAUAUUUUAGAGACAGAUAUCAUCAUAGAAAUACAGAGAUUUUUACGAGAUAUAAUUAUUACACAUAUUGAAAUGGAAAAACUUAACUUUGCACCGCGUGCAUUCUUCUUGGGUCAAAUGGUUCGUUAUUUAAUACUAGCCAACGAAAAACGUAUUCCUCCAGACGAUCGGGAUUUUUAUGGGAACAAACGUAUUGAAUUGGCUGGUAGCUUGCUGGCCCUUUUGUUCGAAGACGUCUUUAAGACAUUUAACGAAGAUCUUUGGUUAACAGUAUCCAAGAUUGAUACAAAACGCCGAUGUACACCUUUUGAUAUAUCUCGACAUAUCAAAACGUGGAUGAUAACCGAACAGUUGAAUAGAGCAAUUUCUUCCGGAAAUUGGAUCAUAAAACGAUUCCGUAUGAUGCGACAUGGCGUUACACAAGUUGUUAGCCGUUUAUCUUACGUUGCUGCCUUAGGACAUAUGACGCGAAUGACGAGCCAAUUUGAAAAAACUCGUAAGGUCUCUGGUCCACGUUCUAUUCAUGCAAGUCAAUGGGGUCUUAUCUGCCCAUCUGACACACCUGAAGGGGAAGCUUGUGGACUUGUUAAAAAUGUUGCUCUCAUGUGUCAUGUUACGGUCGAAGUAGACGAUGCACAUUUGAUUGAGCUAAUUAGCAACUACUAUACAUUUCCACUGUACCAGAUGAGAUAUGCUAAAAAUGAGUACGUAAUAUAUGUAAAUGGAAAACCGAUUGGAUUCACUCAACACCCUGGGAAACUAUGUGUCUUGAUUAGAGGUCUUCGGCGUUCGGGUAGGAUUCACGGCUUUGUUUCUGUUUAUAUCAAGCAAGCUCAUCAAUGCGUUCAUGUCGUUAGUGAUGGUGGCAGAUUCUGCAGGCCUUAUAUUAUUCUGUGUAACGGAAGACCACUAGUAACGGAAUCUGUCCUUCAGGAUUUACGCCACAAUGUUCUAAAUUGGGAUGAUCUAUUGAAAAAAGGGUUAGUUGAAUAUUUGGAUGUUAAUGAACUCAACGAUUGUCUGGUUGCAAUGGACGAGUCCUGUUUAACCGACGGUAAUCACUAUACUCAUAUGGAAAUCGACCCCGCCACAAUUUUAGGUGUCGUUGCUGGUUUGAUUCCUUAUCCGGAUCACAAUCAAUCUCCCCGAAAUACUUAUCAAUGUGCUAUGGGUAAGCAAGCUAUCGGCACUGUUGCACUUAAUCAGCAAAUCCGUUUUGAUACACUUCAAUGUCAAAUGGUCUACCCUCAAAAACCCCUUGUUCAGUCAAAGACUAUUCAAAUGAUGCAUUUUGAUGAGCUUCCUGCCGGUCAAAAUGCAGUUGUAGCAAUAAUGUCGUAUUCUGGGUAUGACGUUGAGGAUGCAUUGGUUAUUAACCAAGCUUCAAUUGAUCGAGGUUUCGCUCGUGCUUGUGUUUAUCGUCGGUCGGGUGUUCAUCUCAAGAUGCAUGAAAAUGCAGUUUACGAUCGCUUAAUGGGCCCUAGCAUAGAGCGAGAGACCGGCUUUCUUCGUCGUGGAGACGAGGUGCUUCAGGCGGAUGGAGUUGCGUACAUUGGCGCUUGUGUUAACGACCGUCAAAUCCUUAUCAAUAAAGAAAUGCCUGUCGUUAGUUCAAACGCUGUAUUGGAUAAUGCGGGAUCGCUUAGUUUAAAUGUGAAUACACCUGAGAACGCGACGGAAUUUAAGCGUUGUCCCGUAGACUACAAAGGGAUAGAGCCGUCCUAUGUAGAAAAAGUUUUGUUUUCCACAUCAGAAGGAAACCAGGCAGUAGUAAAAAUAUUGUUGCGUCAAACUAGAAGACCCGAAGUUGGAGAUAAGUUUUCUAGUCGCCAUGGUCAAAAAGGAGUCGUUGGACUUAUUGUUCGUCAAGAAGAUUUGCCUUUCUCAACGAAUGGCCUUACUCCUGACAUUAUAAUGAAUCCUCAUGGAUUUCCCAGUAGGAUGACGGUGGGUAAAUUGUUAGAAGUCUUGGGUAGCAAAGCUGGGGCUAUCGAAGGAAAAAUUCGAGAUGGUUCGGCGUUUUCUGGGGAUCCUGCUGAAGUCCUUUCACAAGUACUUAUUGAUCAUGGGUAUCAUUAUCUUGGUAAGGAGAUUUUGUAUUCUGGCGUCACUGGAGCCCCGCUUGAAGCGUUUAUUUACUUUGGUCCUGUUUAUUACCAGCGACUAAAACAUAUGGUUAUGGAUAAAGUAAGUGUCGAAUUUUUUAUUUUGACUUUGAUAUAGAUUGAGAUUACUGGAUUCAUGAUUAGUUUCCUUUCGUCUUUACCCUAAACCCUAGAGUAGUCAUAUAGAUUUUUUGAAAACAGGUUAAAGUCCUAAUAAAAUAAAAACCCACCGAAAUACUAAGUAUUUAUGUAGUGAACGAAGACUUAGUGCAGAUAACCAAUCUAUUGUUUAAUGUGAAAAUUAGAGAGUGCUUUGGUCAAAUAUGAAAAACAUGUUUAGGGCGUCUUCAGUUGUGAGUUAGUCUAGAAUAAAACACCAGAAAACUUCUUUUCACAAUAAAUGUAGAUGCAAAUCAACUUUUAAACCAUUGACGUCCUAUAGCUAUGCUUAAUUUGACAAAAUUUGCAAAAUAUUUCCAGUAAUAAAAUAUGUUUACAUUUCUCAAGUUUAGUGAAUCUGAGGACUUCAAUUAUUUACUGAUUACAAAUUUUGUAUGCGUUAAGACGCAUAGGUUCUGACAGUCAACUUUUUAAACGGAAUCGUAAUCAAAAGUGGAUAAAGUGUCCCUCAGUAAAGGAAGUAACUUACUUUUCAAUGCAUCGAGUUACUGGUAAUUACUAAUUUUUACAGGUAAAGAGGUAUUCUUAAUCUAGGGGAUAUUCUUAUUCAAUUGCUUUUGUUAUAAUCCAUUACGAGCUACAGGAAUUGAAACGUCAACCCAAUAGUGAACUCAUUGGUUUAUUUAAUGGGUUUGCUGUGAACGAAUACUUAGGUAAGGAAGACUAAUUUAUUAAUUAAUACAAAAUCACAGAAUGUCUUCGUAAACUACGAAAACCAUACAUUAAAUGCUUCAUUUGUACAUCUUCCACCACCUGUCUAUUACAAACUUCAUCGUUCCUUCAUUCCUAUUUUUAUUACAAUUAAUCUCUGUUUACAUUCCUGUUCGCUUCAGUUUGAUCUCAACUUUCUGCUGUCAGUUAUUCCACUUCUGAUUGGUGUUACAUACUACUUAUGUUGACAGACAUAGUAUACACCACAGUGGUACCUCAAUUUGCCUUGAUCACAAGAAUGUAGAUAGUUGUAUCUUUUCGCAUUGUCACUUCUGUUCCCUUCGUUUGAGGUUCCGACUAUAACUAUUGGUGUUAAUAUAACGGUGACAUUUAGGAACGUAAAUCGAAUUAUAAUCACUAUUAUCAAACCGUCGAAUCGCAUAUAAUUGUGCUUCAAUAUAAGACGUUUUACUCUUUCUGAAUGAAUACAUACCUAGUACUUAGUUGCAUGUAUCCAAACAUAUUUUAUUCCAUUACUUUGAACAGAUUAAGGUUUGGGAGUAGUGUUUUGCCGAGCUGCCUAGUACAAUUUUCUCAGUGUCUAUGGACUUGAUUUGCUUUUUGCUUACUGAAUACGUUGUAUUGUUAUUCUUAAACUAUUGUACUAUCACUUUCAGGUACAUGCUCGCUCACGCGGGCCCGUCACAGCAUUGACUCGACAGCCGACGGAGGGUCGUAGUAGAGAAGGAGGUUUACGAGUAGGAGAAAUGGAACGAGACUGUUUUAUUGCUUAUGGUACUUCACAAUUACUAUUAGAACGUCUUUUGCUUUCCAGCGAUGCCUAUGAUGCAUGCGUAUGUGAAAAAUGUGGUUUGUUAGCUACGUCACCUAACUGGUGUCAGUAUUGUCGAAGUAGCCGUCAAGUUGUUACUGUCCGUAUGCCGUAUGCCUGCAAGCUGCUUUUCCAAGAACUGAUGUGCAUGAGAAUUCUGCCGCGCCUUCGUUUAAGGACUGCUUAUCAUAGCAGUAUACACACUAAGUCUAAGUGAUUCAUUUUGUAUAUUCAAAUUAAUUGUUGUUGAUAACUCUGCUAUAUAAUUCCUAUGAAUUUGUAUAAAAUCGGCUGUCACUAUUUGAAUAUGUUUUACUUAUAUUUAUCAACGCGUAAUUCCAUUUUCUGCGAAUCGAUAGUGAGUACAACAUAAGGGAACUGAUUAAGAACCAAUUAAGAAAUUUUUAAACGGGUUAACAAGUCAAAGGUAAACGAAGAAAAACUUCCAUGUUCCUUGUAUUCAUCUAUCUAAAUACGCUUGUGUUUAAAUAUAAUUUAAAGCAAUUAGUCCCUUUUGUAAAUUUCGAUAGAACAAUGAGAAGACGGAGUUGAUCUGAAUAAUACUUGAUAAAAAUGUAAUGACUUUAGACAAAUUCUUGUUAUUUUCUUGAAAACAUUUGAUUUUCGUAUUUGCAGGCUUUCGGUUCUUUCUUGUCUAUCGGGAUCCAAAGUGUAUACAGUUCUCUUUAUUUUUCUUAGUUUUAGUUGGAAUUAUUUGUCUUACCUUAAAAUAACAUUUUUCAUCAAGUAGUAAUAUGAAAAUUAAUUUGAUAGAAUACCUAUCAUAUCUUGAUGUAUUUUUCGACAGAAUUAAUAUCAUCAUGAUAUUGACAAAACGUGAAAACCAUUGGCUUCCCAAACAAAGUUUGAUGAGGUCAUAAGUCUUCCUAUUGAUCUCAUGGCGGAUCAACCUACUUAUCAUACUAAAACCAGUUACGGAUGAUUCUCCAGAAGAUUUCGGAUUCAUUAAUUUGGGAGACUAUUUUUCGUUUUUUUUACAAGGAAAACAAAAAGAGAAAUUUAGCGCACAAGAAAAUCAGAAUGAUAAUUUGGAGGGAAAUAAAACUACCAAGAAACAAAAUACUAAUACUUGUGUAUAUUAGCUAAAUAAAUCUAUAUUUCGCUGAAAUUAUGAACCGAUCAAUGAUGGUCCACCAUGAUUUCAGCGGAGCUCAACAAUCUCCACAAUUCUAUAUUGAAAAUUAACAUUUGAUCGGGAAUUCACCAAUUCAAGCCCGAACUCUGAAUGCAAAAACGAUGCGUUUAACUUCUCAUACUUCCUUGGCCCUAAUUCUCUUCUGCAGUAUGUUUUGGUCUUGUUUUGUUUUUAUUAUUGCUUUGUAAUUUCAAAUCGUAAUCAGUUAUUAUCAUCCUUUAACAAUUUUUUCAUGAUUAUUGUUCGAUUGUUAUUAUGACCUUUAUGUUUUUCAUUCUUCUUCAUAUCUGUCAAAUGGACAAUUAUCGUUCAUAAUUCUGACCCGUAAGUUAUGUUCAUUCUCCUAUUUUUCUCUAACCCACUGAUUAUUAUGCAACCUCACCUGAUACUUGGGAUCUCGAAUCACUUUAUAAUGGGACAUUUUCUAUCUUUCUACAGACAUAUUCACCGAACAACUACAAAUGUACGGUUUAAGUAACUGAUUUCGUCGAACUAUCGCUGGUUUUCCUUUGUUUUUAUUCAACAACGAAAUCAUUUAACUGAGAUGCAAACGUCAAUUUUACAUAUAUAUAAUUUUAUUACAUACUGUAUACAUUACCUUCUGUACUAUUUUAUGUGUCUGUAAUUCAGGUAGAUCUGAAUUUUGAACAAGAAACUUCUUAAUAGAUUGUAUUCCACGUUGUAAAUAGCGUUCAAGAUACCUUGAUGUAUUUUCACGACUGACAAGGAUUAAUAUGGUAUUAUUUAAUGUUUGAUCAGUUGUGUUGGUAUAGAUUUCUUUUAGUAGUUCAACAAGUGCUUUCCAUUUUGGACUAAUCUCAACAUUUAAUAAUUCUAUAAAAGUAUAAGUCGAAAAAAAAUCACAAAACAAUAAAACCUAUGAUAAUUUUUGUUGAGAAAAAAAC